AUGGCUGAAUUUUAUGAAUGCAUGGACAAUUCAAGGAGUGGUGCACCACCACCACCGCCUCCACCACCACCACCACUUUCAAUUGAUAAAGAUCAUACAGAACAAAAUAAAUCAAAAUUAGCAACUUGUACAAAUACAAAUACAAGUCAUCCACCACCAUUAAAUGGGAGACGACAACAAGGAAAAAGUAAAGAACCAAUACCUGAUGCACCAAGAUUAAGUGGAAAUCCACUUUCUGGUGGUGAAGCAAUGAAAAAUAUGAGGAAAAAAAAAAAGGAAAGUUGUUGCACAAUGUUAUGA